AUCGCACCCUAUACUACAUCAUAGGUCUUGGCGUAACGUUGUUGGUGUUCGCAAUAACUGGCGGAUUAGUAAUUUAUAUCCGGUGCUUCAAGAAAGUUAAAGUCGAGCUCAUGGACAAUAAACAUGGAGACAUUUUCAGAAUAUGGAACUAUGAUGGACAUAUGGCUUACGAAGACAUAAUUAAAGCAACCAACGAUUUUGAUGUCUGUUAUUGCAUCGGGACAGGAGGGUAUGGCUCUGUAUACAGAGCACGGUUGCCAAGUGGGAAAGUAGUGGCUUUGAAAAAGCUUCACCGUUUGGAAGGCGAGAAUCCAAAUUUUGACAAGAGCUUUAGGAAUGAAGCCGACAUGCUAUCUAAAAUCAGGCACAGGAACAUUGUAAAGCUCUUCGGAUUCUGCCUGCACAAGCGAUGCAUGUUUCUGAUUUAUGAGUAUAUGGACAGAGGAAGCUUGUUUUGUAUCUUGAGAGAUGAAACCGAAGCUGUGGAGCUGGAUUGGAUUAAAAGAGUGAAUUUGAUCAAGGGCAUUGCCAGUGCAUUGUCCUACUUGCAUUACGAUUGUGAUCCGCCAAUCAUUCACAGGGAUGUGUCAAGCAACAACAUUCUUUUGAAUUCACAAAUUUUGGAACUUGAUUCAUCAAAUCAAACAGUCAUUGCAGGCACCUUUGGCUACAUGGCACCAGAGCUAGCCUAUACCAUGGUGGUCACUGAAAAGUCUGAUGUGUAUAGCUUUGGUGUUGUGGUGCUGGAAACAUUGUUUGGAAAGCAUCCACAAGAUUUCCUUUCUUGCAUAUCAUCACAACCCAAUGAACCAAUAAUGCUGAAGGAUCUUCUAGAUGCCCGUCUGCCCCCUCCGACUAACCCUUUGGUCGUUCGUAAUGUGGUUCUUGCGACUGCGUUAGCCCUGGAUUGCAUCAACGCAAACCCGAAAUGUCGACCAACAAUGCAGCAAGUGGUGAACCGAUUUGAAGUGGGCAGGCGAGAAUCAACUAGGCCUUUGCACACCAUUGCUGUGAAUCAGCUUGUUAGUCCACCAUUGCUUUCACUGCCUGACCAAACCUACACAGUAGUUUAAGCACCAUGAAUGACUUUCAUGAAUGAAUUCCAUGUGGAUAUCUCUGCCAUCAUCCAAUUUUUCUAUCGAUGUUUCUACUUACCUAUAAUAUUUACACCAAAGGAGAAUUUAAUUACUACUUGUCU